AUGGACAUCUUGACUCUGCAGAAGUGGGCCUACAUCGACGGCGCUCCCAGCUACAACGCCACGGCGUAUGGCUUGCUGAACCACUAUAGCGGCAUCCCAGAGGCAGAUAUCGAUAGCCAUCUACUACAUAUUCGGAAAUUGGCUUGGGAUGUGUCUCGACAGCCGUUUAUAGGUCGCUGGAAGUUCCUGCGUUUGGCUGAACCUGUAGACCCAUACUACCAGCAGGUUCUCUUUCGUCUUACCCUUCCAAAGUCCACAGACUGUAUACUGGAUAUCGGCUGUGGCUUUGGGCAGGCGUUGAGGCAGCUCCGCGCCAACGGCGUGGCUGGUUCUAAGCUAUUUGGUGCCGAUGUUGAAUCUCGCUUCAUCAGCCUGGGCUACGACCUCUUCCGUGACAAGGAGACGCUGGGGGCGACGUUCGUCACUGGCGACCUGCUUAAUCCUGACGAUCGGCGGUUAGACAUGCUUUCUGGUCGAUUCACGAUCGUCCACGCCGACAGCUUCUUCCACUUGUUGUCAUGGACAGAACAGCUAUAUGCCGCUAGACGACUCAUAGUAUGGCUCAGAACGGAUUCAAAGAACAACUUCAUUUACGGGAGACAUGUGGGCACUUUAUACCCGGCAAACGUUGCUUCGGCCGGCAGCAGACCAUACCUCCACGAUCGUCAAAGCUUUCAGAGGCUGUGGGACGAAGCUGGACAUAUGACAAACACAAGAUGGCGGGUUGAGGUUGAGAAGAACAAGGAGAAAACGGACGACGGAAUAGGACUGCCAGCUGGCUUGGCGUGUGUAGAUUUUGCAGUAUAUCAAUUACCGUACUAA